GUCCAGACAUGAUUGGUUUGACUUUCACCUGCAAGUUUCACCGACUAAAGUGCAAAGAGUAGUUGGAUUUGACAAAACAAAACAUCCCAAGAUCAAGAACUUCCAAGAAACCAAGUCUCCCGUCUUGUUAAAGAACCUUCUUAUACCAGAUGAUGAAGACAACGACUGGCUUUUCAACCAGCAAUCCUAUGUUUCGCAGUGUGCAAAUGCUGAUGUACCAUUCUCCUGUGUACCAAAUUUUGUCAAGUCAGAACGUUCCGAAUUAACAUCACAGGAAGCGUCUGAUGUCUCUUUACGAGAACUGAAAGAAAUGGCGCCCAAUCAGAAAGUCAACGUCCAUGCAACUCUGUCAAUGGGAGCCCAGGAGCCAAACAAGAUAGAAACCAAAUCCAGUCAAGCUUUAUCUGUCAAAGAAGACUGCAUAUUGGAAGACGAAACGGGCACAAUGGAACUCCACAUAUGGGAACCGUUAUUUACACAACUGAAAAGCAACAAGGCCUAUUACUUUCAAAACUUCACACUACGGUAUUAUCAAGGAUCAAAAUUCCUUAGCACCAACAGGAAUACAACUUACAGUGAGGAAACCACAACUCUCAAAAAAUUAGUGGGUCCUUGCAUUGCAAGUCAACUAAAAUAUGUUGCCAGUUUAAGCAUUUUUAGUGCAUGCCAACUUUGCAAAAAACGAAUUGGGAAUGAGUCAGGCGAGUCAGUGAGAUGCCAAAACUGCAAAGUGCGACAAAGGAUCAUCAACUGCAGGCGGGAAGGCUCUGUCAAACUGUGUAUUCAACACAAGGAAUCGGAAUUGUGGCUCACUGCAUUUACAAAUGAAAUCGAAAACCUCCUGGGCCCAGUUGUUCGAAAAGUGGAUAACGCUAUUUACCGGAUAAAUCUCUAUCCAGUGGAUAACGCAAUUGAUUUCCAUAAUACUUAUCCGCCGGACAGUGAUAUAUCCAGUGAAUAGCGCUAUCCAACGUUUGAACAACCGGAGCCUGAAGAAUACAACAGCAAUUAUGAGCAGCACCAUAGAUGAAAUAGAAGAUGCCCUUAUGAGCCUAAAGGAUGUCAAAUUGAAAUACAACUCCCAACGGAACAUUGUCAGAGAAGUACUAAACUUGUAA